AUGUCAGACGCAAUGGAUAUGACUCCAGAUCAAACAUCAGAGGCUGGGGACACUGCUCACCAUGCAUCUACGGGACCAAACCGAUCAGCGAAACCGCCUGGGGGCAGGGAUACCGCUUUUCUUGGUCAUUCUUGCAGCAAUUGCGGUACUAAAAGCACACCUCUGUGGCGGAGAUCGCCAACUGGUGCAACAAUAUGUAACGCCUGCGGGCUUUACCUCAAGGCUAGAAAUGUUCACAGACCAACAAAGCGCAGCCGAAAUCGUCCACAACCAACGUCGGCAUCCGGCCCGAACCUAGAAACUUCAAGUACUUCUCCAGCAUCGACAUCAGGAUUGGCAGAAGGUGGUUGUGGUUCAACUGGAUCGUGUCCUGGCGGUGGAAACUGCAAUGGAACUGGCGGUGCUGAGGGAUGCGAUGGAUGUCCAGCUUACAACAAUCGGGUUUUUAAAGCCGCGUCACGAUUACCUCCGAACCAGCCCUUGCAGCCGCAGCCACAUGCUAUUGCUGAUUCAGAAAAAUCAUCAUCCAACGCGGGAGAAUCUGAAUCAAAUAUUCCUGGUCAGGAAAGUGGAGAGCUCCUGGUUGCGUGCCAGAACUGUGGCACUACAGUGACACCACUAUGGAGACGAGACGAGAAUGGCCACCCGAUCUGCAAUGCUUGUGGCCUAUAUUAUAAGCUCCACGGGUGUUAUCGACCGACAACGAUGAAGAAAUCAACUAUCAAGCGACGAAAGCGAGUGGUUCCCGUCUUGCGUGAUCAAUCACCAGGUGCCACAACGCAGUCUUCAGGCGAAUCUUCCAUGUCUCCAGAAGCCCACCCAGCCCGGCUCGCGCAUUCAUUCGACAGACCGGUUUUGGCACCACCUCCGGUCGACUUUACAGGAUAUAAUAUGCAUGCGACCACUCUCCCUCAUCACCCUGCUCCUCGGUUUCCAGAAUUACAAUCAACCUUCCGGCGUCAAUCGCAUUCUCCAGGUGCAGCAUCUAGCAGGGACGGUGACACACUGCCGCCUAUAGAGUCAUCCAAUCAACUCCCCCCUAUCAUGUCUCAAACCUACCCUACACCUCCAGCACGGCUUAGCCCUAUAUCCUCGAUUUUGAAUCCUGCAGCCAGUGCAGGAGAUAGCGGCAAAAUACCCACGGGUGGUUAUCGCCAAUCGCAGUCACCUCCCGUCUCUUCCACGGGCCAGCCGGAAGCUUAUAAGUUUGAUCGCCGGUUGCAACUCCAACGUGAGGCCGAGCUCAUGCGCGAGGCAUUGAAAGCAAAAGAACGUGAAUUGGCUGAGCUGGAACAUCAAAGAUAA